AUGUUUACCAACUGGGCGUCUAUUGUUACUCAACCUCAGUCCGGAGCGGCUGGAACUAUCAUCAAGCCCCCAGCGCCUUUCCAAGGUCCUAAAGUCUUCCCACGUUACACCUCAACGCCUGAUGCGUCUGUAACAUCAUUCACUCCACCGGCCGAGUAUAAAUCUUUUUAUUCAUAUAUCCAAAGGAUUAAGAAAGCCACCGACGUUACAACUAGCCACCUCAACGCACUCGGUGUUUCAGUCGAGUAUGAUUUCCCCGUUGAGAAGAUGUUGCCCGAAGGUGAUUGGUUUCCAGCAGAGGACGAUAAAACGUUUUCAGAGAGAAAGAAAGAGCUCCUGAUAGCCAACAAUGAUGCUUUUGAUGUUUUGUCAAGGAGGAAUAAGACGAUUAGAUUGGGGCACAUGUAUCGAUUCUUUCAGGCAAUGGAAUUGCUAAAGCCGUAUUAUCCAACGGCACCUGUUCCGUCUGAUGUUGCUUCGAGUCAAAGCGAUAGCGAAGAAAAGUCCGAGCAAGGGAGUGGGAAACGGAAAGCAGAAGAAGAGGUCGAAGGUGGUGUAGAGAAAAAGGGGAGAGCCAGCGAAGAAUCAGCAGAAUCUGAUGCAAGUGUUAGCGAAGAGGACAAAAAAGAUGGCAAGAAGGAGAAGCCAGAGAAGUUUUCAAUGCCAGAGAAGUUCAGAGAAGAGCUGGUGAAAAAUUUCAUUGAGCCCAUAUGUUGGGGAUAUGGAGUGCGGGUUUAUGCUCCGAGAGCCCCUCCGAUAGUUUGCCUCCAAAAAUCCAAGUUCUUGGUGCAUUUGACGAAUUACAUCUACCUUACCCCUAAACUUCCCGCUGAAGCUCGUGCUGGGCUUGUUGAAGGGCCUGUAAUGGGAAUGCAGGUUCGUCAUGAGACAAGAUUUCGAUCUGCAGCUUAUGAGGCAGCCAGAAAGAAGAUGAAGACGACUGCUACUGUUUCUCGAAGAAUAGAUAUUCUUGAAGUCGGGCAGCUAGGAGUUGAUAAAAUGGAUAUUGAUGACGAAAAGGAUAAGGAUAAGGAUGAUGAUGACGAUGAAGAUGACACUAUGUUGGCAGAUGAUGUUAUAGGAAUUGCCCGAGAAGUUGCCGCUACACUCAGCAUAGCCCAAGAUAGAAGGAAGGGCCCUCGUCCAGGCAAAGAAGGCAAGACAGAAAAGAAAGUUCGAUACAGAGCCAUAGGCAAAGAAGAAAAAUAUCGAGAUGAUAUCUUCAUUAUGACUUCUCUCCACCAUCACGUCUCAAUCUCUCACGUCUCUGUCUCGCAGCCCUAUCUGAGAUACCUUGAGACAGGAAAGAUGCCAGAUUUCAAACACGAGUUUUUUCAAACAAAGGAAGGGAAAGACUGGGACAGACUUAAGAUUCAGAAAACUCGAUUCUGGGACCUCUUGGAUCCACAGGAGCGAGUAGAGGCCUGCUAUGCUUUUUGCGGUGUUCAAAACUGGCUGAGUAGAGAGGAGACGAAAAGAUAA